GGACAAACGGAAGCAACAAGUCGAAGAAAUUCACUCUUACAGCGACCAAAGUUGCGGUAGUCCAACAACCGAAGUCGCGAUCUAUACUUUUGUGAUAAAAGUAACUGAUAAAUAGUUAGCAUCUUUAGUUUUUAGCGAUGGACAAGCUCCGUCGAGUGUUGAGCGGCCAGGAGGAAAAUGAGGAGCUGGGACUCACAGCACAGGUCCUGGAUGCCAGUACACUCAGCUACAGCACCAGGAUCAAAUGGUUUGUCAUAUGCUUCGCUGGAGGCAUUCUCUGUUCAAUCCUGGGCUCAGCUCUCCUGUUCCUUCCAGGUGGAAUCAAGCUCUUUGCAGUCUUUUACACAUUAGGGAACGUCAUGGCUCUUUCCAGCACAUGUUUCCUAAUGGGACCUCUGAAACAAUUGAAGCGCAUGUUUGAACCUACAAGGCUGAUAGCAACUAUUGUUAUGUUGCUUUGUCUGGUCUUAACGCUUUGUUCAGUGUUCUGGUGGGGUAAAAAAGGACUCGCCAUCAUCUUCUGUAUUCUGCAGUUUUUGGCAAUGACAUGGUAUAGCAUCUCUUACAUACCAUUUGCCAGGGAUGCAGUGAUUAAGUGCUUCACUACGUGCUUAAAUUAAGGAUGCUUGCGUCCAAGAUGACUGGUCACAAUAUGCAAAUUGGAUUUUUAUAUACAACUACUUUAUUUUUUGUAUUGUACUGUGAAAAAUAGCUUUUUUAAGCUUAGCUAAAAUCUGCAGUUUUUAGACGGCGCUGUUUCAUCACAUGCAUUCUGUAAAAGAAGUGCCUUUAAAUAUAUUUAAAGAUCUACUGUAUUCCGACUAUAUUCCGAGCAUAAUCAGGGAAAUGCAUAUCUUCACUUACAUUUAUCUUUAACAGAAAUACACGUUUUCCUUUUUCACAUGACCUAAAAUGUGUUUUUGUUUUAAAUUAUCUUUAUAUCUUUCCAUUUUUGUCCAGAUAGUUGUUUUUUUAUGUAUAUAUAAAGAAACAUAGCUAAUGCUUGAGUCUACACGUUAAUGUCAGAUAUGUUUUUGCCUGUCUGGACUGUGCGUUCUUUCAUCUUCACUGCUUUAGCUUUUUGAAAUUGCAUUAAAAUCAGGUUGUCCUUUUUAAAUUGGAUUUC